AUGGCCCAGUUCCGUCUCUACUUCACCUGCUGCGCGCUGCUGCUGCUCAUGAACUGGCGCACAUCCCGCGCGCUGCCGCUGCCCGAUCCGAGCGCAAGCGGCGCGCAAUGCGCUCCGCUCUUCAGGGGCCUCCUGACAAACAUCACGGACCUUCUCCAGACUGAGGAUCUGUGUCUGCACUUCAUCACCUCCAGUGAGGUGACCAUCCCGAGCGCGGAGACGGUGCAGGCCUGCGCGCCCGCUCAGAGCUCCGGCUGCAUGAGGCAAAGAGACUCAUCCUUCAGUGAGAGUGAAUGUCGGAGGAGCAUCGCUUUGGACCUGGCCUUCUACGACGCUGCUAUCCGGUCCUACCUCCAGUCCCAGCUCCACAGGCCCGACAAGGAAGAAACCCUUCUGGGACCAGUUCUGAGAACCAUUCGGGAUCUGAGGGAGGACUGUGCCACAACAGCCAGCGGUGACAAAGAUCCCACGGAGGAGGAGGCCGCCGACAUGUGGAAAAACGACUCCUUCACCAACCGACAGAAGAUGUGCAAGAUGAUGAGGGGCUUCCACGUCCGCGCCAUCACCAUCAACAGAGCUAUGGGCUACAUCUCCUCUGGGGACCACAGGAAGUAA